AAAUUUAAAUGUCAAAACAAUAAUGGCCGGUUCUGGCAGAAUAUUCGGUUAGCUUUUGCACUGCUGUUGAAAUUGCAUUAAAAGUUGUGCUGCCACUUGUAUGUAAAUAUAUUUUUUAAUUAUUUGAUCGAGUAAUUAGUUUUAUAGCUAUGUAUGUGUAGUGACUGUGGCGUACAAUGUUUCUAUUUGAUGUCAAAUAUAAGUUGUUUUACAAGACACCAUUCUCAAUAUCUGCCUCUUUUUUGAACGUCUAAGAGUUAGUGAUUGCAUAAGAUGCCCGGUUAAUUUAAAAUAUAAAUAUGACUUACUUCAAUGUUACUCAUAUUAGUCUGGUAUUAAGAACAUGCUUGAAAUUAAAUCGCGGAUUUGUUACACAUGCGUCAAUAAAGCAUAGCUUCAAUAUAAAUUUCCAAAGACUCUUUGGUUACGUUCCUAUAUGUAGCCGUCUUAUCCACACUUCAAAAUCUAACGGGCAGACGCAAAAGGAUGGUAUCACUCUUCUCCCAUCACCGCAGGAGGUGACACUUAUUCUUCGUAAAAAUGAGUUCAACAAAGAAUUUGCCUCGGGAUCCAUCAAGUCAUAUGAUUCAAAUCAGUUGGCCUCAAAUGAUCCCAUUGAAGAUACAAGAUGUGAAGGACAGUGCAAGCUGACACCAGGUUUAUUGAUGGGUGUGUUUGAUGGACAUGGUGGUCCAGCUUGUGCGCAAGUAGUAUCCAAAAGGUUGCUAGACUAUGUUGCAGCGGCCAUGCUUCCUACGGACACAAUUAAUGCAAUUCUUAAGGAGCCACAAGGAGCUUUAGUGGAUACAUACAAUGAUAAAAUAGAACUUAUAAAUGAUCUUAAAACAAUAUAUGACAACAGCUUCAAAGAGUUUUUAUUGGAGUUGGCAAGAACACCGAGAGAUGAUUCGAAUGUGUACACAGCAAUGGAGAAAGGAGUCUUACAGUUAGAUAGUGAUCUAUCUAGAGAAGUUAUUGAACCAUUUUAUAGUAAUGGUGUAAUAAAUCAGAAGACAUUAUCUGUGGCUUUAUCAGGGGCAGUGGUCUGCAUAUCUUAUAUAGAUGGACCUCAUUUAUAUGUAGCCAACAUUGGAGAUUGUAAUGCAGUGUUGGGUACAUUGACUGAUGAUAAUGAAUGGAUAGCUAAAAAGAUUACCAAAGAACACAAUUCAGAAAAUUUCGAUGAAUUGAAACGAAUAUGGAAUGAGCAUCCCGAUGAGGAAAGAAAGACAGUGAUUAGACGAGAUAGACUGCUCGGUGAACUAGCUCCACUCCGUAGUAUGGGUGAUUAUCGUUACAAAUGGUCAACUGAGCUUCUGACUAAAGUAGCAGUGCCAUGUGUUGGGGAUAAAGCAAUACCGGCGAAUUAUCACACACCUCCAUAUCUUACAGCAAAACCAGAUAUUUUCUAUCACAGACUAUCACCAAAGGAUAAAUUCCUAAUUAUAGCUUCAGAUGGUUUAUGGGACAUGUUAACUCCCUUGCAGGCUGUUAAAUUAGUUGGUGAACAUAUGAAAGGAAAAGUGUUUUAUAAUCCGCUUAAAUUGCCGAAGAAGAAUAUACAGCUAGGAGAUAUUAAUGAGCUGCUUCUUCAUAGGAAAGAGAGUUUGAAGAGUAAACCGAAGGACAGGAAUGCUGCAACACAUUUAAUAAGACAUGCAAUUGGUGGGACCGAGUAUGGUAUAGAUCAUUCUAGACUUGCUCAUCUUCUCAGUCUGACACCAGAUGUCAGUCGAAUGUUCAGGGAUGACAUUACAGUCACAAUUGCAUAUUUUGAUUCGGAAUUUCUCAGACAGUGUCCAGCUUAAAAAACAAAGACUAUAAAAAUCAUUGUGCCUUGUAUUUAUUUUUGAUACUGGAAUAACUGACGAAAAAUUUAUAAAAAUAAGCUAGAGGUUGAUAUAAAAUUAAUAAUGUAUAUAAUACAGUCAAUUUUGCUAAUAAUUGUGUUAAUUUAAAAAUAAUUUGUGAUGUCAAUUUAUUAUGUAGACUUGAGUAGCUGUUGCUAUCUAAAUAUAUGUUUAUUUAAAUGUAUCGUCGCUUAUUAUUGUGUACGAAAUUUUAUUUAAGUGAGGUAAAUGACGUGAAAAUCAAUAUAAAUAUUGGAUUCGAUAAAACAAAUCGGCUCAAUUAAGAAUCGAAUAUUGAUAAUUGACUUAAAGUCUGUGGGCCUAGCAUAAAUAUUUAUGACUAUCUCCAUCAUAUCAUCAUCGACAAAAUUUGUAUUAAAAUUUGUGCUCUAUCUGAAGUAUUGUACACGAAAAAUUUCAUAGCAAUCAUGACAUGUGAAUUUGAAUUGUGACAAUAAUGAUAUGAAGGCGUUUGUCACAAAUAUUCAUUCUAGACCCGCUGAUACUGUCUUGUCCAUUUUAGUGUUUUUAAUUUUUUUUUGUUUAUUAUUUAAUUAGGUUAGGUUUUGAUGAGAUUUAUGUAAGAAAUAUUUUUGUGUUGAUUUCAUUGUAUAACAAUAUUGUGUGCAGUUUAUAUCCAUUAAUUUUACAUUUAUUACAAUGUUUUUAUAUUGAAAUUAUAUUUUGUUCAAUAAAUGUAUCAUGUAUCAUACAUUUGAUUUUAUAUGCUAUUGUAAUCAUAUAUUUUAGUAAAUAAAUGUCUAUGUAUCAAUUGUUUGGUUGCAGCAUUCUUGAGAGUACAAUAAAAGGAAUUUUUAACUCAUAACUAUUAUAAUAUUUAUAUUUUUAAAUUGGUAGCAAUAGAAUAGAGAGAAUGUACGCUGAAAUUUUACAAUUGAAACAAUAAUUAA